AUGGCUCCGAAGCAGAAAUCUGGCGGAGGGUCAGCCAAGAAGGGGAAUAAUGCUGCGGAAGAGGUUGAGGAGUCACUGCAGGCUGUGGUUCUUGCAGAUACUUUCGAGACCCGAUUUGAACCGUUUACUUUGGAUCGACCUAGGUGCCUUCUGCCGCUUGCGAAUACCCCUCUGAUCGAAUAUACGCUUGAAUUCCUGGCGAAUGCCGGCGUCCAGGAUAUUUUCCUCUACGGUGGAGCUCAUUCUGAUCAGGUGGAGAAGUAUAUCAAUGCUUCGAAAUGGAGAGCAGCAUCUUCGCCGUUUAAACAGUUGACCUUCCUCAAAUCCACUUCUACCUCCGUUGGAGAUGUCAUGCGCGACUUGGAUGGAAAGCAUCUUAUCACCGGAGACUUCAUCGUCGUGAGCGGCGAUGUUGUCAGCAACUUGCCCAUCGAAUCUGCAUUGGCUAAACAUCGCGCUCGUCGUGAGACCGACAAGAAUGCGAUCAUGACAAUGAUUCUACGGGAAGCGGGUAGGGAUCAUAGGACAAAAUCUUCGUCAUAUACUCCCGUUUUUGUCAUCGAUCCUACCAAAGACAGGUGCUUACAUUACGAGGAGAUCGAUAACCAUACCGAAACUUCCCACCACCUUACAAUAGAUACCGACAUUAUCACAUCCCACGCGGAGCUUGAUAUCCGUCAAGAUCUGAUUGACUGCAGUAUUGAUAUUUGCACGCCUGAUGUGUUGAGUCUGUGGUCUGAUAGUUUUGACUAUCAAUCACCGCGGAAGCACUUCCUGUAUGGUGUCCUGAAAGACUAUGAACUGAACGGAAAGACAAUUCACACAUACAUCAUUAAGGACCACUACGCAGCUAAGGUAAGGAACCUAAAGGCGUACGAUGCUAUCAGCAAGGAUGUCAUCUCCCGCUGGACGUAUCCAUUGUGCCCGGACACGAAUCUGCUCCCCGGACACACUUUCGACUUGCGAAAAGGAAAUCUCUAUCAAGAGCAAGGUGUGACUCUUGCGCGGUCCUGUGUGGUCGGCCGUCGCACUGUCAUUGGCCACGGCACCAGCAUCGGCGACAAAACCACAGUUAGUAACACUGUUCUCGGGAGGAAUUGUAGGAUUGGCAAGAAUGUGACUCUGGACGGUACUUACAUCUGGGAUGAUGUAAUUAUUGGCGACGGGGCCGAUGUCCGUCGUGCUAUCAUCGCUGAUGGGGCUGUGGUAGGAAAGGGUUGCACCAUUGAACCAGGCGCCCUUCUCUCUUUCGGAGUGAAGAUCGCGGAUGGGAAGACUGUUGGCACGGGGCAGCGUAUAACAAAGUCACAGAGUGAUGUACAGGGUGGUCGCCCCAGUGAUCCAGCGGUCGUUGGCGAGGGCGGAGAGGGCUACGAGUUCGUCCACUACGAGGAUGAGGAAGAAGACGACACCGCGAGCAUGGCUUCUUCAGGACUACUUUACAAUAUGUCAGAGCUAGCUCUCUCGUCUGAAUCCCUUUCAACGCUGUCAUCAGAGAUAUCCGAUGAACAAUUCUACACCAGAUCCCGCUCGGGAAGCAUGGCGACCUCUCUUUCGGAGGAUGAGGAACAGGACCAUUUCCACCAUGACGCGGCUGCCAGUGUCUUCGACAGCUUGAAGGACGGCGUGACACCGGACGUGGUCGGUUUGGAACUGGUCAGUCUACGAAUGACAGCCAACGCUUCUGACCAUCAAGUGCGGAAGGCUGUGGUCGCCGCAUUCAUGAAGCGGAUCCAACAGCUCAUGGACGCCGGCAAGGGUGCCGGCGAAGCAGCGCGCGAGGUCUUUGGGACAUACCGUGAGGUCGUGGAACGGAGCCUGUUCGACCAUGAAAAGUCACAGAAACCGGAUCAGGUUGAUUUAUUACUCCUCAUUCAGCAGGAUCUUGCACAUCGGAGUAGAGGCGAGACGGUUCUUCUAUUCGCGGCUAAGGAGUUGUAUGACUUGGAGAUUGUGGAGGAGGAAGCCUACGAGCAAUGGUGGGCCAAUGAGAAUUCCACCAAGACCGAGGAGAUGAGGAAAGUUCGAAGUCAGACACAGCAGUUUGUGGAUUGGCUUGCUAAUGCGGAGGAGGAAGAGAGUAGCGAAGAGGAAGAUGACGAUGAAGAUGAAGAAUGA